AUGCUCUUCUCAUGGAUGGCAGAAGGGAACAAAAAUCAUGUAAAUUUUAUCAACCCGAAAAACGCCUCAACGUUACAACCGCAAAAGGAAAAAGCAAAAGACAACUGUUUAAAUGAUAUUCUCAUCUCUCGUACCCAUGGAAUUUAUGUUUAUUAUUUUCAUAUAUCUUACGCCUUGCUUCUACAACACAACCAUGAAACAGCAAGACGAGAAGUCACCGAGUCAUGUCACACAGAUUUAGAUUUUUUUUCUCUUACAAUUCUUACGAAUGUUUCUCUGUGGGAAUUUCAAACCAAUUUGAAGGUUUGCACCAUCAUGAGACAAGAAGAACAGAGGGGAACAUGCAUGCAGAACAUGUUGAAUACGCAAUCUAAUCCCUCACUUAAUUGGAAAAUGCUCGGGACUAAAUCGAGUGUGCAGAUAUGUUAUCGUAUGAUUAUCCUAAAAAUACUGAAUCCACUCAGUUAUGAUUAA